UCCCUGAAGGAUGCAGAGGUGGUAGAGAAACCCAGGCCGCCUGCGUGUGUCCCCCGGGAUUGGGCAGGGCAGGCACAGUAGCCCCUCAGCCCCGCCCAUGCAUGGAGCACGGUGGCUGUCCCACAAUCACUGUUGAGUCCAAGAGCCCAGAGGACCUGGAUGUGGAGCUGGGGUGUGGGGAGCGGGCAGCCAGCACCCCGGAAGCACUUACUGUGUGCACUUCCAACCAAGCUGAGCUGUGGUCAGCCAGGGCCCAAGACCAGGCCAGGUAGGGCCUAGGGCUGGAGCUUUCCGCCUGCGCCAGGCCAACGGGGCUCAUUUUGGAAGGCAGCGUUGACAGGCGGCUGCAGGGCCCGGGGAGGACCACGCACAGGAAGCUGACGAUGACGCAGAAUUCGUGUUUUGUCAACUGGACUAAAAGAGGCUCAGGCCAGGGACUGGGGGGCAGCCGCCACCUGCACCCUAUCUGACUCCUGAGCUCCACAGGCGCCACUGUCACUGGAGAAGCAAGGGACACACUUGGUGGGGGUCCCACGUGAGCGGCAGGGGGUGCCCGUGACCCGGCCAUGCCCCUAUCCGGGCCAAGCUUGUGCUGGGCAUUCUUACCACCCUGCCUUUUCCUCUGGAAAUUAGAAAGUAUCUGCGCAUUGCAAGUUCAACUUGGAGGCUUCGGUCAGCCCUGGAGGGGAAGUCACACCGCCCUGGAGCAAGACCACCUGAGUCAGCCGGCUCCCCAGCACCCUGGGCCGAGCUCCUCUGAGGAUGAGAGCACCCCUCGAGUGGCAGGGAGGCCACCCUGGAAGAUGCCCACCAGGCACAGCACCCCUGAGGGCAAGGAGACAGCCCUGCAUUGGAGCCCGAGGCCUCGAGGCCAGGCCUCCCACCUUCAAGAGUCCCUGACAUCUGCACGCUCUGCACAGGACCUGGUAUCCCACCCAGGAGGGCUCAGCCCUGGGGCCACCUUCAGGAAGAGGAGGCUUUCGACCAUCUACGCCUUGGAGGAAGGCCCUAGUGAGCAGUCAGGGCCCUGCUCAGAGGCCUCGGUUCUGGAGGAUGACCUGCCAGUGCCAGCCUCACUGGCCAGGCCGCAGGAGAAGGCAGAGGACCCGCAAGCAAAGAGCUGGCCACGCAGCCCAGGUCUGCCUGGGGUCCCAAACACUGCCAGAAAGAAGAGACGGGACCCGAAGGAGUGGGCAGCUGUGAUGCUGCGGGUGAGACAGUGGGAGGCCCGCCUGCUGCAGGACAUAGAGGCAGCUGUCCAUCAUGAGCUCACCAUCCAGGAUGAGGGGGCACCUGACAUCGGCAUGAUCCAAGUCGAGAUCCAGGAGCCCACCACCUCGGGCUGACUUCACGGUCCACGCCCUCCCGCUGUGGCCCCUUGUGGGUGCAGUGGGAGUGGAUCUUGUGCCUGAGUUUUCCUCCAACUGAAAAUUCCGGGAACUCUGAGAAGCUGCUCCUCUAACCUUUACUGACACCUGAACAUCAUAUUUGCAGCUGCUGCCGGGCCCAGCCACCGCCCCUGCCCAGUUGGGUGCAGACAGCUGGUGUGUGUGGCAUUGCUAUGCUCUACCGGGUGGUCCACCAGUGACAUGGAUUUACUCUGCCACCCGAGGGCACACGAUAGUCUGUGUAUUUGUUUUCUGGAAGACACCACUUCCUGUUAGCUGAGCGCAUGGAUUUCUGUUGCAUUUUUCUCUGUGGCUCCAUAACAAGCGAUCACAAACUCGGUGCCGCAGAUGGCCACCCCUGCGUUACCUGCUGCCCCUGGGCUCUGCCUGGAUGUCCAGGUGAGAUCAGGUGGCUUCAUACCUGGAGAGUCUGGGCAGGAAUCCCCUCUAGGUUCAUGCAGCUUGGCAGAAAGUGGUUCUGUGGGGUGGUUCUGCUCCCCCCACCGGCUGUCGGGGCACAGUUCUGUUCCCAGACCCUAAAGGGCCUGUGUUCCUACUCACGUGGCUGCCUGUCUUCAAGCUGCCGAUGGCCGCCCAAAACCUCCCAUCCUUGGAAUUUUUCCGGCUUCUCCUUCUGCCUCCAGCCAGAGAAGUUCUCUGCUCCCAGAACUCCUGAGAGGUGCAGUGCCCUAACUGGGUUCAUGGCCCGCCCAGGAGUGAAGUCCCUUCCCACCUCGGGUUCUAACUGGGGCCAUGGCAUUUUGGGGGGCAUCUUAAGUCUAAUUCCCAACUUUUCAUCAUAAAAUGCUAAAAACCCUUGUACAAAAUAAGUAUUCACAUCUAGGAUUCAUCUGUAGAGAACUAGGGAUUAUUCUUCUAUAUUAAAAGCUGUUAUUACUA